CUUUCUCCCUCUCUCUGUCCUUUCUCUUUUUCUCUCUCUCUCCGCCCUCUCUCUCCCCCUCUCUCUGCGUGGAGGAUCUGGAAGAGGCUGCAGUUAGCCAGUCUGUGUUUGAAGGAGUGGGGGAGGUUUGCUGGGCAGUACCUGCGAGGAGAGGCUGGUCGACAGAGCUGGACGGGUGGAAGGGAUUGUUUGCGGUAGAUUCCGUCAGCGCCCUGUUCUCGCCAACAGCAAUACCCCCCUCUCCCUCCUCCCCCAUGGACAGACAGAGCGCCACAACCAUGCAGGGGCAGUAUCGUGCCAGUCAAACCAAGCCACGACCGGUUGCCAACAAACAGAGAGGCUCAGGGAGCCAGCCCAUGGACUGCCAGGAAGAAGGGGCACCACACAGGUCCCCGAGGGAGGAGAGGGAUGAACGGCCGUCGGAGUCGCCAGGGACGGAGCGCCGGGACCCGGGAGCGGGCAGAGGAGCGGAGGGCGGGCGGCUGGAGUGCCCGACCUGCGGGCGCGGCUUCAAGUCCCGCUUGUGGCUGGAGAAGCACCGGGCGUCCCACGACCCGCGCGCCGACUGCGGCGAGGGCCUGGGGCAGCGGCAGGGGUUGCGGGCCCGCCGGCUGGCGCGGGCGGGUGAGAGGCCGCACUCAUGCCCGCCGUGCGGCCUGGCCUUCGGGCGCCCCUCCGAGCUGGCACGGCACCGGAACCGGUGCCACGGCGGCGCCGCUUCCAGGCCGGGGACGCCGCACCGCUGCGCCGAGUGCGGCCGGGCCUUCGCCUACCCUUCGGAGCUGGCCGCCCACCGGCGCGGCCACUCAGGCGAGCGGCCCUUCGCCUGCGGUGAGUGCGGGAAGACCUUCGCCAGCUCCUCGCACCUGCUGACCCAUGGGCGGGUGCACACAGAGGAGCGGGCACACGGCUGCCCCGAAUGCGGCAAACGCUUCAAGAGCGCCGGCGAGCUGAAGGUGCACGGGCGGGUGCACACGGGCGAGCGCCCCUUCACCUGCCCGCUGUGCGGCAAACGGUUUGGACAGUCCUCCAAGCUCCUGCGGCACCACCGGGUGCACACGGGCGAGCGCCCCUACGUGUGCCCAGACUGUGGCCGGGGUUUCGGCGAGUCGGCCCACCUGUUGGCACACCGGCUCCUCCACACCGGCGAGCGCCCGUUUGUCUGCCCGCUCUGCGGCAAAGGCUUCACCGUCGCCUCCAGCCUCCUGGCCCACCGCCGCCUCCACACGGGCGAGAGGCCGCACGCCUGCCCCGACUGCGGCAAGCGCUUCACUGGCGCCGACUGCCUCCUGGCCCACCGGCGGGUCCACACCGGCGAGCGGCCCUACCCCUGCCCGCUGUGCGGCAAGCGCUUUACCGUCUCCUCCAACCUGCGGCGCCACCAGAGGGUCCACACGGGCGAGCGGCCCUUCCCAUGCCAGGUCUGCGGGCGCCGCUUCAGCCAGAGCUCCCACCUACUCAAGCACCAACGCGUCCAUCCCUGAGGUGGCGCCCGCUCGGCCCCAGCCUCCCAGCGGCCGUGCCAACCCAUUUCCCUCAACACAACCCCUGGCAUCCCCUCACGCAUACCCCUCUCUCCCUGCCCACACAACUCGCUCUCUCACACACACACGAACCCCUCUCUCCCAGCCCACACACAGGCACCCAGAGUUAGGGGGACACAGACCAAAUGCUGGCUAAUGGGACAAGAUUAAUUUAGGAUAAUCAUGGACUGGUUCCCCGAAUUGAGGGGUUCGGGGUGGUUUAUAUACAGAAUAACAGAUACCCCGGGAGGGAGUUACAGACUGGAAUCUAAUCGAGGGGUUCGGGGUGGUUUAUAU